UGUUGUGUCCAGACUGUGUGUAUGUGUGUGUGUGUGUAGUAUGCUGUACACGCAGCUGCCCAAGACACCACUCAACUCUUGAUUAUCAGGUACUCCUGAGCACAGGACGGUAUCUGCUGGUUCCAACACUCAGGAGAGCAGCAGACUUCCUCAAGGAAGCUGCUUAGGCCCACGUGUGGCAUUGCUGGUACUGAAGGAACCAGAUUACGUCUUCAAUAAGCAGAGGAGUUUUUCAAGGAACCAGUUCAGGUCCUUGAAGAAACAGUGAAGUUCCUCCAGGAACGAGUUCGGAUCCUUGAAGAAGCACGGAAGUUCUCCCAGGAACCAGUUCGGGUCCUUGAAGAAACAGUGAAGUUCCUCCAGGAACCAGUUCAGGUCCUUGAAGAGGCAGUGAAGUUCCUCCAGGAACCAGUUCGGGUCCUUGAAGAAACAGUGAAGUUCCUCCAGGAACCAGUUCAGGUCCUUGAAGAAACAGUGAAGUUCCUCCAGGAACCAGUUCGGGUCCUUGAAGAAACAGUGAAGUUCCUCCAGGAACCAGUUCGGGUCCUUGAAGAAACAGUGAAGUUCCUCCAGGAACCAGUUCGGGUCCUUGAAGAGGCAGUGAAGUUCCUCCAGGAACCAGUUCGGGUCCUUGAAGAAACAGUGAAGUUCCUCCAGGAACCAGUUCAGGUCCUUGAAGAGACAGUGAAGUUCCUCCAGGAACCAGUUCAGGUCCUUGAAGAAACAGUGAAGUUCCUCCAGGAACCAGUUCGGGUCCUUGAAGAAGCAGUGAAGUUCCUCCAGGAACCAGUUCAGGUCCUUGAAGAGACAGUGAAGUUCCUCCAGGAACCAGUUCAGGUCCUUGAAGAGACAGUGAAGUUCCUCCAGGAACCAGUUCAGGUCCUUGAAGAAACAGUGAAGUUCCUCCAGGAACCAGUUCGGGUCCUUGAAGAAGCAGUGAAGUUCUUCCAGAAAGUAGUGUUGGUGCUCAACCAACAAAGUUCUCGAGGACCUCAGACAUGAAGUGUUAAAUGAGUGCCAUCUCUUGAUACACUCUUAAAAGCUUACAAUGUCUCUGUCAGAAUACAUCUUCCGCGCUCUUACAGUUCAGCAGUGCUGGUAACCCACAUAUGUUGCCUCUGGCCUGCGUGUAAGCCAGCAACAGUAACAGCAACAAGCGUCAAAAUAGUUUAAGACUUCAGGAGUACUUUUUUUUGGCACGAUGUUCGGUAUAAAGAAAAAGGAAAAGACCAAAGGGGUGGCGGGUAUUAAGUUCCAACCCACUCGCGAGGAUGUGGUGGAUUUCUCUAUCUUACCCACCCCAACAACGCCCCCAACAACCCCCACUUCACAACCCUCCUCAGCAAACAGCAACAACAAUAAUAUUUCCUCUGAUAACCCCUUCGUAAAACCUAGUCACCAUCCAGGUGAGGCAGACACAGCCUCCAUCAAUCUUGACUACUACACUGAUGGACACAAUCACCUCACUGAUGACGAUGACAUGCCAGAGCCUCCUCUGAGUCGCUUCACCAGACGUAAAUCAGUGUUCGCAGAAGCCUACGACCCUGAGGAAGAUGACGACGACGGAGAGAGGAUCAUCCACGCUAAGUCAGAUGAGCAGCGACAGCGCUUGUCUGAGGCUGUUAAAAACAUCUUCCUCUUCAGAUCUCUUGAUCAUGACCAGAUUGGUGAGGUCCUGGACGCAAUGUUUGAGCGACGGGUCACUGAGGGAGAGAAUGUCAUCAGACAGGGCGAUGAUGGCGAUAACUUUUACGUUAUUGAGUCGGGUGUGUACAACAUCUACGUGAAAAACGAGAACGAUGCAGAGCCUCGGCUCGUGGGUAACUACGACAACUCCGGCAGCUUCGGGGAGUUGGCCCUCAUGUACAACCUACCUCGAGCUGCCACCAUCCAGGCAGUGACCUCCGGUGCCCUCUGGGCCAUGGACCGCCACACCUUCCGCAGAAUAUUACUCAAAUCUGCCUGCAGGAAGAGGAAGAUGUACGAGGCACUGCUGGAAAAUGUGCCUAUGUUAAAAACAUUGGAGAAAUAUGAGCGUCUGAACCUAGCUGACGCACUGAUACCAAAGGUGUACGUACCAGGGCAGCAGAUUAUUAUGCAGGGUGACAGUGCUGACGGCAUGUACUUUGUAGAGGAUGGAACGGUUCGCAUUACUAUGGCCAAAGAAAAUAAUGAAGAAAAGGAGAUUAGCCGAGUCUCUGUUGGUGGUUACUUUGGAGAGCUGGCACUUGUCACUAAGAAAGCAAGAGCAGCCUCAGUGUAUGCUGUUGGCAAGGCCAAAUUAGCAUUCUUAGAUGUGGAGGCCUUUGAGCGUCUGCUUGGUCCAUGCAUGGAUCUAAUGAAGCGAAACAUUGAAGACUACGAGAAUGAGCUUCUUAAGAUUCUUUGGCUCCAAGGCUAACAUCUCCGACAUACGAUGAAGUAACAUCCAACUUUCUUAGUACGACAGUCACCAAAUUAUGCGUCUGAGUCUUGGGAAUUGGAGGUACUGGUAUUUGUGCUUCAUUCAUCAUUCAGAAGGCAAUGCUGAUUAACAGAUGAUGGAGAUGAUCUUAAUGAUUAAGAGGAAAAAAAAAUGAUUGUUAUAAUUGCGUAGCUCAUGUUAGCUUUGGGUUUCCCUAGUGUCCACGCCUUUGGCCAGCUGGCAUGGCAACUGGGUUUGUCUGUGUCUUCUCUCUGUUUGCCAAGGGCUGCUUAAUAGGAAUAAAAUGACAAAUAUUAUCCUUAUUUAGCAACAUUGGAUAGUUUUUCACUUGAUUGAUGACUGUGGUGAUUAAUUUUGUCUAAUUUUAAUUUUAAUUAAAAGCAAUUGUAUUAAGUAUCAAUUCAAAUCCGACUUCAUUGCUUUAAAAGCUGUAAUUUGCUUUACACUCUAUAAUUUAUGUUAGUCAGGAUGUGAUUAUUAUAAUCCAUAUAUCCAGGAGAAUAAAAAGUGAGUUUUUGCAGUGAAACACCUCGGUAAUACAGUGGAAUAAUCCAAUUAAAAAAUACAAAAUAAAAUUGCACCGCAGAAACCUCAGUGUUUGAUGGAGCUUCCUGUGAUGCAAGUUUCUCGACACUCAGUGAGGAUGUUGCCACCGGCACAGAGUUGUUUCACUUGUUAAAUGCAACUUCUUGGACACCAGUCUUAUUCUGAAGAGAAAGUAUUCUUCCUCCUUUGUACAGAUUAUUGUCUUUUUGUCUAGUGUAUAAACAUUAUUCAUACAUUUAUUUAAUUAAUGUCAGUAACUUUAUAGACUAGGACAAUUCCCAGGUACUAUUUUGCCCUUUGCAAGGUGCUAACACUUAUGAAUAUACAUAGAGUAUAUACAUAAAGUAUAUACAGGUAUAUACAUAAAGUAUAUACAUACAGUAUAUCAAAACUCUUCUCAAUGCCCUAUCACAGAUUUUUUAAUAACUCUACUUACUCUGUUUUUCAUGGGCCAAGAAACAAAAGUAUUGUAAAGAUACUCUCCUUUAAUUACUCUGUAUAGCUCAUGCUGAUUCCUCUUCAGUUCAAUACAGGUAUAUGAGCAGGAGAAACUGUUAUUAAUUUUUAUAGUUCAAGUGGAUUAACUGCUGGAAAAAUAAAAAUAUCUUCAUUAUUGUUUCUCAGGAUUAUUUUUCAGAGUAAUUUUAGUGCCCUGCAUCAUAGUCAGUAGGCUGUUAAAUGUUCCCUGGUAAAGUGGUAGAGUUGUCAGUGUACAAGGCCCCAGUUCCAGAACUUGAUCUUGCAUUCACCUUAGUUUAUUAUUAUAUUCAUGAAAAAGUGCUAAACCUAUUGGGGGUCAUACUGCCCCUGUGGAAUGGGGGAUAGUCACUUUGAUUUGAAGAAAGGGAGGUCGGCUCUGCUUUCUUGAAUCAAUAGAUUUUCAUCAACUUUGAACAUCACCUUUAGCAAUUAAAGUGCUCACAUAAAUGAUUCAGGCAAUCAAUAUGGUGCAGCUACACUAUAAAGGAGCAGUUUUUCCUCAUUUUAAUAAGUUUGUUUCUGGAAUCUAGCCGGCCUAAACCACACCUGUCCCAUCAACCCAGCAUCUGUAAGAUUGACUUAACCUAUGUUUUCUGAACCCCCUUUUGUAGUUAAAAGUGCAUUGCAUAUUAAUAGUUCCUUGCUUUAAUUAAUAUUUUCUAUCACCAGCUACAUAUGUCGAAAAGAACAAGAAGUUAGAGGAUUACAUGAUUAUAUUAGCUACACAAAUUAUAAUGUGUUUAAUAAAGCAGUUACGUGUAGGUCAGUUUUCACUUGCUCAAAACAUUGCCUGAGACAUUAUAUGCACCAUCAUUUAAGAAGCACAGAGUAAUAGAUGCAUUGUAGAUCACCCGAAGACUAAGUUGUCUCUGGUUAACUGGAUGGUUAGUCAAGUUCAGGCAGGCAGGUCAGUCUUAGUUAUAUGGUGUGGAGUUCAUGGCUUCGCUCAGUUAGACCAGUUGGUCAGUGGGAAGGUCAGUUUUCACUUGCAACUAUAAGCAGAUGAAGAGACUGUGUUCAAGUAGGUGACCUAACAUUUAUUCAUGAAGCUGAAAAUAUCUUGAAAUGGAAAAUAUUAAGCUAAUGAGGCAAAAAUUUAAUAUUCGUAUAAAGUAGGGGGCAGACUCGUUGCAUUUAAAUUUUUCCAUAGAUAUAAGGUCACCCUGAGUGUUUCACACAUUGUCUCAUGACAAAGUACAUUGCAGAGAUUGGACAAAAAAAGUAAUUUAAUAUUUUGAAGGGUGAUUUGUGGUAAUUAUGAAAUACUGAUUUAUUUAGUAGCCCAAAUUUUAAGGCCUUGAGUUAAUAAGUGUUUUAUGCUUUCAACAUGUAUUCUUGUAGAUAAAUAUUGCACUGAAUUUUUUUUAAGUAUCUGCUAGAAAUGUACUGACUUUUUUCAUAAAGCUAGAUUACAUUUAUAAAUUAUCAAAGAGCAGUAUCAUAAAAAUAAAUGAAAUUCACAUUAAAAGACUCCAAAAAAUCAGAAAUUUAGUGCAUCUUAAAUAUAUUUUUUAAGAAGUCAUUUCAUUAAAGUUAAAUUUUCUAGCUACAGAAUUUUCUUUAUUAGUGGCUCUUAAUUAUAUAUGAUGGUAACUGAAAUUUUUAAAAUGAAAUCAAUUUAUGAAAUAAUUACCGACAUCUUAGUAUAGCAUAGAUCUAAACAAGACAUUUAUAUUAUUAACUAGGUGUACAAUCAUGCAGUGGAAAUAUGAACAAUGUAAUUUGGGAAUGUGUAUGAGUAUUUCUAAUUUGAAAGAUUUUUUUUUAUAACUAGUGGUCAUCUACCAAGGCAGAGUGACUCCAAAAAAGAAAAAAAAAAAGAAAACACAACAAUGCUUUUUAAAAUACAGUAAUACAUAAUUGUUGAGCCUCAUAAUUGGUCACCAAAAGAUUUUGAAUCAAGAACUGCACUGUCCUGAACAUUAUAAAUAAUACCUGUAUUUAUUUUGUGGAAUCCUGCCAAACUGAUAGAUGUCCAUUGUCAGCCAGGAUGGAUUUUUUUUCUUUUUUCAGAAAUAUAUAUGGUGAUACUGUGAAGCAGUAUAUUAUUAUUAUUAUUGCAGUCAUGGGGAGAGUGCUAAACCCACGGGGGUCAUACAGCACCUGAGGGAAUGGGAGGCAGUCAGGCUCGAUCCAAGGAAGGGGAGGGCCUGUCCAAUUCCUUGGAUCAAGAGCCCCUCACUGGCGCCAAGGAACCUCCCUUGAGGGGACUCUUGAAAUAUUGAUGUUGUCAAAAUGUUUUUCAAAAAAAUUCUACAUGUCACCAAACACCUCUAUAGUUUGAAACAUAAGCUAUAUUUGUUAAUAUAAGGAAGAGUCAGUAGUAAUCUAGAUGCCAUUGUCAGACGAUGUAUGCAAAACCUAUUCAAGUUGCUUUCUGGCAGGUGAGUAAUGCCUAUUGCAAUACAGGUAUUGUUCACAACUGUUGUUUACAGGAGUGACUGGAUAAGCUCAUCAUCUGUGAGAUGAGUCAGGCUGUGUCCAGAACCACCUGUAAAUCUCUCCUAGACACCUCCACUUCCUCAGUGUCUGAAAUUUCCUACUCUCGUCCAUUAUAAGUCAGCGAGAAUUAUUCGUUUCCUAAGUUAUGUAUAAAAUAUGCUCUCUGGCAUUAUGUUGGGCAAGAGAAGAAAUAUAAGAGCCUAUAUUAUAUUUUUUCACUGUUUCUUCUAUAGAGCUAUCUUCAUUAAAUAAAAUUGUGAGAUUAGU